UCCACUGAGCUACAUUGGGAACUUCUAGUGUCAACUGAUAUUAUUAUUAACAGGAAUAGAAUAUAAAAUUCCUAGAACUGUGUUUGGCUACUAGUAUGUCUUUUGCAAUGUGUUUGCACCCCAGGCAGGCUGCAGCUUUUGUUGUCAGUCUCGCGGCUGUGUUGAACUAAUGGCUUCUGAGUAGGUUCCGCCUCCUGGGAUGCUGGCUCUUCACAUGGUGACCGGUGAUGCCUGACCUGUUUGUUCCAUUACUUCCCAAACAGAAAGGCUUUCUCAGAGCAUAGUUGCUGGAGAGUCUUGUGCACUUUUCAUCCAGCAAUGUGUUUUCUAUUAGAAACAGAGCAGUAACCACAGCCAGUCACCCAGAGUUUACAGUUCAGCCUUAGCCACAGGCAGCCUGUAUUUUUAAAGAGACCAAACACUUCCCCCCCACCAGGGAGUAUCUAAAAAAACAUUCAUCAGAGCAUUAAAAUCAUUUCUUAUAGAAAGGAGAAGGGCCUUCACUUUUAGUUUGUGGCUCCCUGCAUGUGGUCACCCCAUAAGACUUGUUUAUGAACUUGACUCUGACCAAGUAACUCUUCGCCUUCUUUCCCUGAAGGUGUAUAAAUUGGGCCCUGCUGACCUUCUUUUAGGAGCCAUUUCUCAGGUCUCUUGAUUCUCUGCUUCAUUUCUUUAAUGUCUAUCUCUUUAACGUCUGCCAAAGAUGGAGAAAUAAAUGUGUUACAAAUGACCUAAGUACAGAAAAAGAAUGUAGCCCAGUGCUGUCUUCUCUUUUCGUUGGCUUGGGAAACAGUGAGCUGUGGUCCCCGUGUGAGCCACACAGUCUUGUGUCUUCCUGCUCUCCUUGAGUCUGGCCCUGAGAUUUAUUUUCUUUUCACUUUUAAUAGCUUUAUUGAGUUUUCAUCCCUGAGUUUUUAGCUGGAGUCUAAGUUUGAUCCUAAACUACUGCAGUAUGGUAAAAAGUUUUGGUUUUGAAGCCAGAGGGGAAGAGAAAAAGGAAAUCACAUUGAGUCUUGCUGUUCACCAUUCAAUUCAUCAGAUCUUUCUGAAGCACCUACUGUGAGCCAGGCAUUGUGAAAGGCGCUGUAGGGCAGUGCUUCAGCAACCGGGAGCUGGAUCCAGGCUAUCAGGGUUUGAAUUUUCGCUCCACCGGUGAAGUAAGACCCACCUCUGUGUAAAUGAGUAUGGAAGAUUAUGAUUUCCUAUUUAAAAUUGUUUUAAUCGGCAAUGCUGGUGUGGGGAAGACGUGCCUAGUCCGACGAUUUACUCAGGGUCUUUUCCCCCCAGGACAAGGCGCCACGAUUGGAGUUGAUUUUAUGAUUAAGACAGUGGAAAUUAAUGGUGAAAAAGUAAAGCUUCAGAUCUGGGACACAGCAGGUCAAGAGAGAUUUCGGUCUAUCACCCAGAGCUAUUACCGAAGCGCCAAUGCCUUGAUCCUCACCUAUGACAUAACCUGUGAGGAAUCCUUCCGUUGCCUUCCUGAGUGGCUGCGGGAGAUAGAACAAUAUGCUAGCAACAAGGUCAUCACUGUGCUAGUUGGCAACAAGAUCGAUCUGGCUGAAAGGAGAGAGGUCUCCCAGCAGAGAGCUGAAGAAUUCUCAGAAGCUCAGGACAUGUAUUACCUGGAGACCUCAGCCAAGGAAUCCGAUAACGUGGAGAAACUCUUCCUUGACUUAGCAUGCCGCCUCAUCAGUGAAGCCAGGCAGAACACGCUUGUGAACAAUGUAUCCUCACCCUUACCUGGAGAAGGAAAAAGCAUCAGCUAUUUGACUUGUUGUAAUUUCAACUGAAGGCUGAGGCAAGGAGAAGCAAGAGGAAACAGCAGCUGCCCUGAUGGGCCCGGAAUUGCUGGAGAGAUCUGGCGCUGACUCUGGCUCCCGCUCUGGGACCUUCUGACUCCUGUGGGCUCCUGAGCUUACAAAGCAUGGCAGGCCGAGGGCCUCAUCCACAGGCCAGCAUUAGCAGAACACAUAAUGGUUUCACCCUUUUGCAGUCUGGAGUUGGAUCAAGGAGAAAAUUGCACUAGGCACUCCGUGAUCUGCAGAGCAUGUUGCUUUUUUUUUUCUUUUUUUCUUUUUUUUUUUUUUUUUAAUAAAAAAGCAAGUAAAACGCAUUCCUGAACACAGUCCAUGGGGCAGUGCACUGUAGAGAUCCCUCCUGCACGUCAGUGGGUGCAUGUGGGGACUGCUCUUUAGGGCUUCUGGGGGCCCUGGGGUUUUUUUAUCUACCAGAUAAACCAAAACUGGGAAGGCCAAGUCCUGUCUCUGUGGUGCAUAUUGAUGACUCCAUGGAGAUUUUGAAAAGUGUUAUUUCUCUUUUCCACGGGCACUUUCAAGAACUUUGGGAUGUGAAAAUGAAACGAAACCUUUACCCAUGGCAACAGUUAACAAUCAUCGUUUUAAUAAUAGAUACAAGCUCCAUGACUCCUUUUGGUGCUAAUGAAUCCACUCUUUCAGACCAAACGUUUUAAUACGUUGAUGUCCUUAAAUACAUUACCUAGAAAUAAAAAAAAAAAAAAGAGAAGUCCAUGAAUCAGCACUCUUUCUCAAAAUUUCAGUAUGACCUUUUCGAGGCUGGAUUUGUUGGAAAAGAGAAUAAUUUCCUUUCAUGUUCCCUUCUAAACCUCUACCAUUUUAUUCUUCCAUUCUCCCAUCUUUCCUGCCCUUUAAGUAAAUGAAAAAGUUUGAAAAAUGAAAAAAAAAAAAAAAGAGAGAAUGGUUGGUACUCUACUAUAAAAGACUUCAUGAAAAGUAUGAGAAAAUAGACCCAAUCUGACCAAAAUACUGUGGAAUAAUGGACUGCAGUGCAGAGUUCCAAGCAGAGCACAGUCCUUGAUAGCAGGUCACAUCUUUUACGACCUGGUACUAUCCAACUUGGACAGACCAAGGCUUAGGAUUUUGUAGAUGUUUUUAGCAUGGUAAGUGAGAAUAGCAACAGAUGAAAAGUCUCACGAACCAUUUUUGUAUCUGCAGUGAUAACCUUAGAAAACUUCUGCUUGUGGAAGCAGAUUGUAGUCAUUGGUCAUCUUCUAUAAUAAUGUUACUCUCAGACUCAUGACCAUACAUUGUUUCCCAUUUCUUUAUCUUUUCCUCUUUUUUCCCCGUCUCCCCCCACCCCCUUUUUUUGUUUUUGUUUUUUUAAUCUCCUUUCCUCCUAACUCCCUUCCUCCCCUUCCUAUGCAUGUGUUACUGCAAAUCUCCAAUUCAAAUGGAGGUGUAUGAUAUGCCUUUACUUAGCCAAUUUAAAAGCAGAACUCAAGACGGAAGCCGUGCUACUGAAUAUGUUACUGUUUCUUCAGUGCCAUACGUUGAUACCUUCUAGUUUGUUCACUGAUAUUCAUGCACAUUGGGAAGAUAAUUAAACCUGUUUGCUGUUGAUGCUGUCAGAUGUUUCUGUAGCUAGUUGCUUAGCAUAACCAAGGGAUGAGUAACGGGAUGAGGCUAUGAUGAUGUGUAAUUCCUGUUGCUGUAGACAGUGGCAAUCUCAGCCCUGAUACAUUGAUGUGUAAAAGCUGUUGAGUUUUAAAGCAAUGAGUCAUGUGGAGACACGGUAUUGGUGAAGCAUUUCUAGUGUUCCUGGAGCAGGUUUCAGAGUCACCCAUCAUUUGCACAUGGAGACCAUACAUAUUGUUUAAGGGACUGCUACUUAUGGCUGGCCUCAGCACGGUUGUCCUGAUCCUGUGGGUAAGAGAGAGAUCCCAGAGGUCAAAUGGUUUUUUUUUUUUUUUUUUUUUUUUUUUUUAAUUUUAGAAUCUAUCUCUAUAGGAAAGAAAUGUCAUUUUAAGAAACACCAACCCAAAUAAUUUAUCAUGUCACCUCUCCCUCCCCAUUUUCCCCACCAAGUGAGCGAGUGAAAGGUAUUCAGAAAACACGUUAAUCAAAGUGGGCAGAAGAACCCUUUUUAAAUGGCGAGGAAAUGUCCCUAAGUUGAGGUUUAUCAUCUUUCCUUUGGGGCAAAAAUCCAGUGUCCCCAGCAUGUCAUGAUUGAACUUUGUCUCACAGCAGCCAAGUGUACUGAAAAUAAAGUUGUUUUAUGUGCUUAGGGAAUAGAACAUUGUUAGUUGGGGCAGAUUUAGUGAUAUAAGAACAGGUCUUAGGGCCAUGCCUGUGUUCUGAAAUUCUUAUGUCCUAGGCCUCAGCCUUCUUUAUCCACCCUUGGCCAGACUCAGAAGGGGAUUAGAGAGCUCUGCCCUUGACCCCUUUCUUCCCUGUCAUUCUUCCUAGUCUUUCUGUGACCUAUCCAUGGUGUGUAGACAAGGACACAGGAGAAUGUAGGGCUUUGUUUCUUUUUUUCUCUUGGCUGUUCUCUUAGUUGUAUGAGUUUUAGAUUAGGCCUUCUGGACACUUGUUCACUGAUGAAGCUCAAGUCUGAGAACAAGCCCUGACAAUAUCGUAGGUGCUUAAUAAAUAUUAGUGGAAUAAAUGACUUAAGUGCCAAGAGGAGCUCUUCUGGUUAAACAAAUUUCUCAAAUAGAACUUGAGAAAGGACACUAAUUAAAUGGGGUGAUCUUAACCCAGGCCAGGAUCUAACCUUAAUGGUUUGCCUACUCACCUUUGUCAUGGUAAUAUUUGCUAAGACAAGCCUUCUUAAAUAAAAAUGAAUUCUCUUUUAUUGGUUGAUGAAAAAGAGGGUUGCUUUUCAUAACUCACUUUGGCUUAAUCUGACUCAUAAGACUACCAGAGACCAUGCCUGCUUCCAUUUUGAUGAGAUCUUUUCCUUUUUUAAAAUAAAGUUACUUAAUAUAUGGCAAAACUUUUCAGUUCCCAAUGCAUCAUAUUCAUGUCAUAGAGUCAGGUUUGGAGAAUCUGCAAAAUCACAUAGCUCGCUCAUAUGAAUGAUAUGGCUCCAUAUAGACUGCAUCCUCGAAGGAUUUUAGGCUUUCUCCCUUACCUGUGCAAGGCUUUUUAUUCCCUUAUAUGCUUUUGUUACAUGUACUGAAUUAUGUUAACAUUUAAAUUUGAUUAUAUGGGGCCAUAUAAUCCUUUCUGUGGAUUACUUGGAGUAGGCCAUUAGCUCUUCCUGACUUUUUUUUCCCCUCUUUUUUAAAGUCAUUUCAUAUUAGCACCUCUUCCUGAGUAAAGAAUCAAUAACCAAAAAUGAAAGUGAAAUGGAUUGAUUUGACCUUGUGUCAAUUUCUGAGUGAGAGUUUGCUAAGAAAGGUAAAAACCACUGACCACAAUAAAAUAUUUGGAUUGGGGUUACUUAUUUUAAGCAGUUUAGACUUGUUGGAGAGAGGAGGCAGAGUUUAACAAGGACUGGACUCUUCUUUUUUCUUCUGUUCGUGAGCGUAUGCCUUUGGAGGACACUGGUGACUUCCAGUAUUAGAUAAUGAUUUGCCUCAUUUACCCUUUGAGCUCACCCAUAAUUUUUCCCAGGCCCAGCAUCCACUUUCAGUUAAUGAGUCUUUCUGGAUAAAUAUCAGUUGCAAGUGAUUUUGAAUUGGUCCUCUGACUAAAAUGAAAACAUUGUUUUUAAAAAAAUAAACCACGCUACGUAAAUGAGAUCAUAUUAUAAUCAGACAGGACUAUUUUUUUCCCCCAAGUAUCAAACCAAUGGUGUUAAAGAUUUUGUUAAAGAUGUUUCUUUAUCCUGCAGAACUCUCUGUAUUUCAUGAUCACAAGUAUUUUAGUGACCUCUGCUUAGCCUCUGGAAGAGGUCUUCUACGGUUUAUACAUUCUUUUUUGUAGAUUUUUUUUUUUUUUUUGGCUACGCCCAUGGCAUGUAAAAGGUCCUGGGCCUGGGAUGGAAUCCACACCACAGCAGCGACCCCCGUUGCUGCGGUGACAAUACCAAAUCCUUAACCUGCUGCACCACAAGGGAACGCCUCUAGAAUUUCUGUUCACCUGCAACUGAUUACUUUUUCUCCUCAACCAUGGCCCUGACAGGUGUGUUUUAAUGCAACUAUAAUACUCUUGAGACUUAACCAGAAAAUCAAAAGCAGUGAAAAAAAACGUGUAUCACAUCCUUCUGACAGAAUGUGCUCCACAUAUGAGUAUGGUUGAACACCAAUUUUGGGAUAAGAGAAGGAUGUGUUUUCUUUGUCUUUUUUUUUUGGAUUUUGUAUCUGUGACAUGAGCCUAUUUGUGUUUGGAGGGAAAACUGCCUUCCCCUACAUUCUUCACACUGGGGAGACAGCAUACUGAAUUAAGAAAUUAUCUUCUCUUCUAAUAGCUCAUGAGUAUAAUAAUGUUAGAGCAAGGGAGAUGACAUUAGAACAUUGCAGUCAUUUUGGGGAGCCAUAGUUUCAAAAUAAAUUGAGGCAUAAUGAAGAUAGUGAAGGAGUUUAAAAUUGAAGACAGUUGAAGAAUAUUUGAAGGAUUUGGGGAAAUGUGGUUUGGGAAAGAGAGAGGCAUAUCAUUAGUACAAGAGAGCAAGACUCUGAUUCAAAGGGGUAGAAUGAGGCCCAGAGAAUAGAGGUCAUCGGGCCUCUAUUUGAACUUCAUGCUAGGAAGAACGUCUCAAAAAGUUGUUUCACCACGGAAGGGGCUGCUCUAGGUGAUAGUCUCUGUCAAGCAAAGGCUAGAUAAGAACUUAGCAAAGAUGAUGUGGAGACGAUCCCAGCAUUUGUUGGGGUAGACCAGAUGACCUAUUAAAAUUCUAUGUUGCAGUAAUAUGCUCCUCAAAACAUGUUGAAUUAAAUAUCUGUGACCCAGAGCUAAUGAUUUUUUUUUCAAGCUUCGCCCUUCUGCCCAAAGUGCAUCCCAUCCUAUAGGAAGGAAGUUGAUUACAUGUCAUUAGUUGAAGAGCCUGGCUUGCCGUUAUGCCCUAGGCUGGGAUUGCUUUGCCAGUCCAUUCGUUGACGUCCUGUUGAAAUCACAAACUAAUUCUUGAGUUAAAGAUUAAACAGGUAUUAUUUUUAAUAGAAGUUACAUGAAAUCAUGGAAAUUAUGUAUUUGUUAUUUGCCAAACAUAGGCCAGGCUCAGUUUCAGUAACUAAUUGGUGUCUUCAGAGUUUCAGGAUAGGUCUUUUUAGCAGAGUAAAAUCUUCAGCUAAAGAUUCCAUAAAUAUACCGACAUGAAGUUUUGCAGCUCCUAUCAUAGAUGAGCUGGUGGUCACUGGCAGAAAGCGAUCCCCAAGAUCUAUUAUGGAAAAAUCUCACAUGACAUUUGGUUAGUUGGUUUGAUUCUCUUGGAAAAAACGUGAUCUGGAAAUGAUUUUAAAAGAACAGAGGUCAGCUCUUUCAAUCCCUGGCUCCACGCAGUGGGUUAAGGAUCCUGUGUUGCUUCCCCUGUGGCGUAGGUUGCAGAUGCAGCCUGGAUUUGAUCCCGUCUGGGAACUUCCAUAUGCCAUGUGUGCAGC